GGAUCCUGGGCAUAUGCUGCCAUACCUGGUUUACUUGGUGCUGGGGUUGGAAUCCAGGUUUUCAUUUUUGUUUUUCAAGACAGGGUUUCUCUGUAGCUUUGGAGCCUGUCCUGGAACUUACUCUUGUAGACCAGGCUGGCCUCCAACUCACAGAGAUCCGCCUGCCUCCCAAGUGCUGGGAUUAAAGGCACUUACUCUUGUAGACCAGGCUGGCCUCCAACUCACAGAGAUCCGCCUGCCUCCCAAGUGCUGGGAUUAAAGGCGUGUACCACCAACACCCAUUGGAAUCCAGGGUUUCAUUCAUGGUAAGCACACUGUCAACUGAGCUACGUCCCAGGCACUAAAAGUUAGCCCAGGUUACCUCAUGCUUGUGAUCUCCAUCCUCUCAGAAUUUGCUUGCUUCAGAAUUUGUGUGCAUCUCUACAGGUGUUUUGGGCUGGGCUUUUCUGCUUCUGGGAUUCCAGGAUUUUACCUGUGACUUUCCCUGUUCUGUCAGUUCCAGUCUGUGAAGUUUAAGUGACUUGGUCAAGGUUCUAGAAGGGAGUUGACACCAGACCUGGGCCUAGUUCUCAUCUGCUAACUUCUAACUAACGCUCUUUUCUGACACACACUAACUGACUUUUGACCCUUAAAUUCUGUAUGCUCAAAGCAGAGAUCACUCCCCUACCCCCAACCCCCAGACAAGGUUUCCCUGUGUAGCUUUGGAGCCUAUCCUGGCACUCGCUCUGGAGACUAGGCUGGCCUUGAACUCGCAGAGAUCCGCCUGCCUCUACCUCCCGAGUGCUAGGAUUAAAGGCAUGUACCACCAAUGCCCAGCUCAGGGGUCACUUUUGCUGUAGUAAGGAACUUGGAUUGGCAGGCCAAGGACUGAGAGCCCAAGGACAUAGGGAACAGUCUGGCCUGUGCCUGGUCUCGGGUAGACUCUAAGCAGAUGUGCUGCAGGAGUGUGCAGAGGAACCCCCACAAAGACGGUUGUAGCUCAGAGAGCAGCAGCCACAGCCCUAUUCAAAAACCCAUUACCUGGAGCUUCUGUUGGUGGUCAGCUGGGACCAGGGAGUGUUACAGUACUCAGGCUCAUGAAGUCAGUCCCCUGUUGAUUAGCUUAGAGUGUGCCAUAUACCUUCUUCCUGUGUUCCUGUUCCUUCUGGAGAAUCUGUCCAACCUGUCUCUACUACUUGAUGGCUGCCAUUGCUUUUGGCAAAAAUGGUCUCUCACUCCUGGCUGCAAAUGGAGGACAGAAGAAGCCUACCCUGCUGAGGGAGAUGCGGGGUGCCAAGUGGUUAGGGUAAUGUGUGUGAACUGCCUGAAACUAAGUGUGAGUUUUAUUUUUGUUUCUUAAAAAAAAUUUUGAGGGCGGGGCAGUGGUGGCUCACGCCUUUAGUCCCAGCACUCAGGAGGCAGAUGUAGGUAGAUCUCUGUGAGUUUGAGACCAGCCCUGAUCUACAAGAGCUAGUUCCAAAGCCACAGAGAAACCCUGUGUCGAAAAACCAAAACAACAAAACAAAAUAAAACAAAAUUUUGAGACUAUUUCAUGUUACUUGAACUUAAUAUGUAGCAUAGAACGACUUUGACCUUCCCACCUCUGUCUACUAAAUGCUAGAAUAAUAGGCAACCCGGCCAAGUUUUUACUUUGUUUCUUUUCAUGUUUUGGAAGCUGAAAGUCCAGUCUUGGGGAGCCUGUAGCAAUCCCCUCCCCCUUUUGAUCAUAUUCAUCCCAGACUUCCCCUUCUGUUUUCCCCUAACUGCUCAAAUGACCCCUUCCACCUUCAUGUCCUUUCUAUAUGAAUUCAACUUGCAGGCAUCAUGGCAUUUUAAUUCUAUUUUAAUUCUACAUACUUCAGUAUGCUACUCUGCUGUGCCCUCAAUAGAGGCUGUUUCCCCAAUCCAUGGUCCAUGAUACCAGGCUGGCCUCUUGGCAUCUGCCCCCAUGCUCCUUGGCCUAUACGCUUUGUUAAGCACUUACACCCAAGGCCGGGUGGGGUAGGGCAAGCCUGUAGUCCCAGCAUUUGGGAGGCAGAGUUUAAGCGCAGCCUGGUCUACAAAGUAAGUUCCAGGAAAGCCAGAGCUACAAAAAGGGACCCUGUCUCAAAAAAAAAAAAAAAAAGGAAAAAAAAGGCACUUAUUUAUACACAUUAUUUAGUGCUAAUUUACAUGUGUAUGUUACUAUUUUAAACCUGAGAAUUCUGAGGAGAAAAACCAAGUUCACAGCUAUCUGAUUAAAGCAAGCUGUAUCAUGGGGUAUGCAGGAACUGGCCAGUCCAGCUGCCUCUCCCUAAAUCAGGAUUUUAGAGAGCAGCCCCUGUGAGCCUCUUGAAGCCCCUUUUAUACCAGAGAUAAAAUGUUUACAGGGGCAAGAGAGUGGAGAUAAAAUGUUUACAGGGGUGAGAGUUGGCUCUUAAGUAUUGUUAAAAAGAUACAAUGAAGCCUGAAGCUGGUCGUGAUGGUGGCGGUGCUGGCCUUUGAUCCCAGCACUUGGGAGGCAGAGGCAGGCACAUCUCUGUUGAGUUCCAGGCCAGCCUGAUAUACAGAGGGAGUUCUAGGAAAGGCUCCAAAGCUACACAGAGGAAACAAACAAACAAGAAAGAUACAGUGUAAGGGAAGGAAUGAGGGUAAGGAUGUACAUUUUGAGUAUGAAGUUGCAAAUUUAGUGUAGACUGAAAAACAUGGUUUGCAGUUUACAUCAUAUCUAAGAAACAGGAACUUAUUCUUAAUUACAAAUAGAAAUUUUAACUUGCAAAUACUUAACACAGGACAAACAGGAACUUAAUUGUCUUAACUGCAAACAAGAAGCCUUAACCUGCAAAGUCCAUUUUCCCUUUUUGGUAUCACACUGACUUACAAGGUGUCUUAUUUCUGUUUUGGUCUCACAACUGCUCCAUUAUAGAUGAGGUUUGGGGAGAUGAGUAUGCCUCCAUGGUGAGGCAUGAAUUCAAGCCUGCUCACUGGCCUGCAAACACUGCACCCCUCUGUGCUGGGACAUUGGUGUGGUUUUCUCUGAAAUAGCCAGGAUUUAUUCCUGCCCCAAAUGGGCACAUUACACAGCUUUGGGAUUCCCCCUCCCUUUCGAUUCUGGUCUAUAGGUAAAUCCAGAACCAUGUUGAAAUCGCCUGACGUGUAUCCCAGCAGCCAGACUGGUUGUUUUUCUGAUAGUAUUUCUUUACGGAAGAAUUGGGCUAUAUUGCCAAAGCAGGGCAGGAAAUGGUGGAGGGGGGGAUCUAAUAAGAGCAGUGAUGUGGUGAAUGGAGCCAUAAGUUGUUUUAGAUGAAAGACCUAUCCCGGGUCAGUUGUCCUUAAAUGCUCAUUUAAAACACCAUGACAAACAGUGCUCAGGCAAUCAAAACAAAGUAAUUAUCUGAGUGAUUUAGACAUGUUUCUCUAUGGGCUUGGCUUGGAGGCCCAGGGCAUUUUGACUUCAUGAACCUUCCCCAAAGGAAUCCAGAGAUAAAAAGGUUGCUACAAAUCAAGCCUAACUUCCUGAAACAAGCUUUCCGAGGAACCUGUUGAUUAUGAGUUUGUCUGGGGACUCCAGAAGUAAAUGUAAAACAGCAGUGGUUAUGUCAGCCUGGGGAAUGCAGAGUCCGAUGGUAGUGGGGUGUGGCUCUUCCAUCUGUCUGUUGCUGCCAUGUAAGCCCAAACAGUUGUGGGGCCCAAGGUUAUGUCCCUGUAGGUUGUAGCUAAUAUGCACAUGUAGUUGCUUUUUAAAUUUUUUGGAGACAGUAUCUCACUAGUCCACAGGCCGAUUUACAGUGCUUCUAGGACAGUCCCUGCGUGUUAGAUAGGCCAGGCUGGCCUAAAACAAAGAUCUGCCUGCUCUGGCUCCUGAGUGCUGGUAUUAAAGGUGUGGCCACCACCCCUGGAAAGUCACCCUUUCCACAGCAUCCUUUCUCAAGGAGUGGUUCCGUAUCUCACUUCAUUGUCUAAUUAUUUGUCACACUAGUCCAGGGAGUAAAAGAGCUCUGGAGUGAAGAAAACUGGAGGGGAGAGAAUGGACAGCGUCUAAUUGGUGACACCUGGCUUCCAGUGGGCUUAGAGGGCGUCAGAAAGAAGUGCUUUUAGAGUCAGGAGGUGUCAGAUUCUUCAUAAAAUUCUCAGCAAGAAGUGAUAAGCCUGGCCUGAAAUCAUACAACGAAUGCCGUUGUUGGGGCUUUGUAUUGGUUGGUGGAGCGCAGGACUUAAUAAUAAGCGCGUGUACGGAGCUGGUCUGCUCUAUCAGGAAGCUGCGCCGGGACAAUAAGACACUUCUGUCUGGACCACGCAGUGGAAGAGGAAAGGACUGGUGGCACUCCGGGCUCCAGGAAAGGGCGGGUUUGGAGAGACAGGCGGUCCGAUGGGUGGGACUUUGCUUCCUACUAGACUGAGGGGCGGGGCUCAGGGUCUCCAUGGAGACGGCUUCUAGCCAUCGCACUAGCGUGGAGGAGAAGGGCUGGCCCGAUGGAUGCGGACAGCCUCUUGUUGUCGCUGGAGCUGGCGUCUGGCAGUGGGCAGGGCCUCAGCCCGGACCGUCGAGCCUCCCUGAUCACGUCCCUUUUGCUGGUUAAGCGCGAUUACCGCUUUGCUCGGGUCCUUUUCUGGGGCCGCAUCCUCGGCCUUGUUGCGGAUUACUACAUCGCACAGGGCCUGAGUGAGGACCAACUCGCACCACGCAAGACGCUUUACAGCCUGAACUGCACAGAGUGGAGCCUCUUGCCCCCUGCCACAGAGGAGAUGGCAAUGCAGACAGCUUUGGUGAAUGGCCGAUUCAUGGGUGAUCCCUCACACGAGUAUGAACACACUGAGCUCCAGAAGGUGAACGAGGGUGAGAAGGUCUUUGAUGAAGAAGUGGUGGUCCAAAUCAAGGAAGAGACUCGCUUGGUGUCUAUCGUCGACCAAAUUGACAAAGCUGUAGCUAUCAUUCCCCGGGGUGCCCUCUUCAAGACUCCUUUUGGGGCCACCCAAGUCAAUCGGACCUUUGAAGGCCUGCACUUGUCUGAAAUCAGGAAGCUGAGCUCAUACUUCCACUUCAGGGAAGCUAUUGAUCUGAAGAACAAGACCUUGCUUGAGAAGGCAGAUUUGGAUCCCUCUCUGGACUUCAUGGACUCCCUGGAGUAUGACAUCCCCAAAGGUAACAAGCCAUAAUCUUUAGGAUGUGGGACUGGCUUUCAGGUCAGAGCAGAAGGUCAAUCCACCUACCUUUCUCCUUUCUCUAAGGCCGGGGCUGAGAACCUGGGCACUGUGACUUCUUGAGGGUGGGAUUUGGUUGUCCAGUGGGGAGUCAGGAAGUAAAGUGUCUGAUGUCUCCUGAGAAUUUGAGAAGAUCUGUUGUUGUUAUCAUUUUUUUUUCCCGAGACAGGGUUUCUCUGUGUAGCCCUGGCUGUCCUGGAAUUCACUCUGUGGACCAGGCUGGCCUGCCUCUGCCUCCUGAGUACUGGGAUCAAAGAUCUGUGCCAUCACGCCCAGCUAGACAGUUUUUGUUUUUUUUUGCAAGGAACACACUUGCCUGUUAUCAGUGUGUUUCCUAGGAGUAUAAUAUAGUGUAUACCUGUAAUCCAGGACAACCCUAAUGUAUCUGUAUUUAUAUAUGUGUAUCCAUCCACGUAUGUUCAUCAUUAACUAGAGUUACCAUGUUUUACAACAGAACUUUUAAAUUUAUUUCUCCUAUCUGCUGUCAUUCUAUUUCCUGUGACCCUUGACAUAACUUACUCCAUGCUUCGUUUUAUCUGCCUCCCUCUGGUAAGAGCCAUUCUCCUCCUCUGCUUCUUUGAG